AUGGCACGCUUCUCCAUCCCAACUACGGGACGCUUAUCAUCGUCUGUCAGACUUCCGCCCAACAACUAUUCUGUCCAGAAAGCUCUGAGCCGUCUAUCGCGUUCGUCUUUGUUGUCUCUGGUCCUUGAAUGGCUCAGUGAUGACAACGUACAGCUAUGCGCACCCGUACUAGAUGAAGAAGAGGAAGAAGAUGACGGCCUUUACCCCCUGGCAUCCUCGCUGGAAGGGCUGCGAACCAUCUAUAUGGAUUUACAGUACAGGAAAGGGUCCAAACGAGAGGUUAUUGAUCGUAUCACUGAGGGUGAUUGGCAUCAUGGUCUGACUCUCUACCAAAUGGCGCUGGCAGACGCCCAAUAUCUCCAAGACCACCCAGCAUCGCAGAAAUGGACUGCCUACCGCGUCAUGCCCCUCAAAGAGACUUCAUACGUGGACGAUGACGAGCAGCCCCCAGAAGUCGACACGGCGUCUCUGACCCUUCCCCGGUUUCACCCAUCCACGUUCAUCCAAAAGCUCCAAUCUCAUGUUUUGCCCGACGUCAAAGCUCACUUUCACUUUCACCGACCUCAGGGGCUCACCCUCUCCGUCUUGCGCAUUUUCAUUAUCGAAUCUCCGUACACUACGAGUAUGGCGCAACUGGGACCUGGUUCCGCACAGUCGGACUCGGAGUUCGAUAGUUCACGGACACUAUACAUCGCCUUUCCGGAUGCCUCGCCGUUCGUCUACUUGUCCAAGUCUCAGGCGGUGGGGUCUCUGGGAGGAGGCGAAUCUAAGAGCUUCCGCAACCUGGUCGUCGAGGGGAUACCGAAGGCGCUUUCUCGGCCCCGGGAACGGUACACACUCAAGCCUACAAAUAUUGCGACCAAAAACCUGGAUGCGCUGUUGCAAUCAAGAGGCGUUGGCCGAACCAACGCGGCAGGCGGCGGCUGGGACAUUUAUGCCGACAAGAAGAAGAAAGAAUCACCACUUGACACCGUCUUACCGACACCACCCUUGUCGGAAGAUUCAGCAGACGACACGUUAGCUUCGGCGGCAAAGAGUGAAUCCAAACGAAAAGCCGGCACUUUCGACGUAAGUGAAAUUUUUUGCAAGAGAGCUCGUCUAUGUGCUCAGGCGAGAUUCGGUGAAACUGCCAAGAUUAGCGAUGGGCUAGGAAUCGAGCGGGUAGACAUUGUCAUGGAAGACCCUUUCCCCGGCAACAGCUCUCGAGCUACUCGAGCCGAGGAUGACCAAGGUCUUGAAAACCCAGCAGGCAGAAAUCAGGCCGAAUCGACACGUGGUCGCAGGGGCAAUGUCGAGACGCUCUCAGAGGACGAAUCAGAUGCGGAAGACGAUCGGACCCGAACAAAAUCGCCAAAUUGGGCUCCCAACGUCAAACUUACGUUGCACGGAUCGCAUGUAUUUGCCGGCAUACGGCAACUAGUAGAGAACGGCAUCAUAGAUGGAGAGCGGGUCCCGGGAUGGUUGACUGGGGAAGAGGGUGUCACUGUAGGGGCCGUCCGGCAUGGCAGGAUCAGGGGCCACAAAGGCUCUGGCAUAUGA